UGACAUUUUGACCUACAAUGUUUAGUAGUUUUUGAUCACUUUUUUGAUAUGCUUUACAAAUAAAUCAACAUGUGUGAGUUGUAUCCAAUGUUAAGGUCGUGCUGCGGCAUCCCACUGCGAGUCGGGUUACUAUUCAUCGCUGUAUUAUCCAUCGUGACGGGAGCCCUGAUAAACGCCGCCAUCAAGAACGCCGGCGUGGACGUGAGCUCCAUCCAGGACGUGCUGGACCUGAAGAGCACGACCACCACCACCAACACCACCACAAUCAGUACCCUCAAACCGACACCAGAAGAAGGACAAGGAGGACAGGAUAACGAACCGGAAUACGAGAACGAACCGGAAGGCGAAGAUGAUGGUGGUCAGGGUCUCAGGUCGGGCAUUGAGGCCAAGAAACAGAAGAAUAAGACUACGACGGGCUGGUCUACGGUUGAGAUUAUCGGCGAAGAUGUACGCACUGAGGUAAUUCAUCGUUUCAAAGACGACUAUAACCUGGACGAGCUUGACGAGGCCGGCUCGGGAGACGACUCGACAGAGGCGGGAGAGGCCGGUGAUGACGCGGGAGACGCUUCUAAUACUACUACUGCAUCCACUGCUCCUACUACUACUAAAGAAUUAGAUGUGUACACUUCCGUGAUGGGCAAGAUAAACCGCAACGGGUUGAACUUCCUCUCGAUCGCAUUCAUUGCGCUGGGCUUCUUGCUGUUUGUGGCGAACUUCACGAACUCCGCCGAGUUGGCGCUGCUCUACGUGGUUCUGCUGCUGGUGGUGUGCGUGGCGUCGAUGGGGCUGCUCGUGAGCGUGGUGGGCGAGUGUGCGCGAGCGCCCGAACGCUGCCUGUUCAAGAAGCUCGACUGGUUCUCGGCGCUCAUGGUCGGGAUGUUCUGGUUCGUCUAUGUAUUCGUGUGGGCCUUCUUCGCUGCCGUGGCGAACGGCAUGGCAAGUGAGAUUGAAAGAUACUGACACUCCGGAACCUUCGCAACUGGCUUAACUGGCGACAUUUUUUGGUUACGAACAAAAUUAACUCUGUGGAGCCCUUUUCCCGCUAAAGGCGUCAACUGACGCGCGUGGUCACAGAACAUGAACUUUCGUAAAUUCCGACCAGGUACACGAUAGGCCUGGCGUUACCAACUUUGUUGAAGGCUGGAGUUGCCUUAGUGUCAGGCCUGAGUGGACGCUCGAAGCGGAGCGUUCGGCGGGGCGUGCAGCGUGGCGUCGGGCUCACAAGUGAUUUGAGCAGCGUGCACUAUAUAAGGCCGCUCCUAUACGUUUGCAUUUGUUUAAUAUGCACGCGGCAAGCCCCGCCCCGCUGCACGCUCAACUCGAGCGCCCACUCAAGCCUUACACUUAGGUAAACCGUAGUGUAUGGUCGGCUCGGGACGACUGCUGGCGUCAUUAGCUUGCAAGGGUUAAUUAUGACAGCUUCCCCGGCGACUAACACCUACUAGCUGAUAGCGUUCACGACUACUGGCAGGCGUCUCGAAGGGUGGUAUCCCACUUAUCUUUGUACAAUGUGUAUUGUGUCUCACAUUUUGCUUUAACCCUUUUCCAUGCAUAGUACGAUUAAUCGACCACGUACGCGCCACUAGAAUUUCAACUUUAGCAUUCCGAUUUAAGAUUCAAAUUAGAUUGCACUUUCGGGAAAUUUGACUUGUCUUCAAAUGAAUCAUCAUAUCAUCAAAGCUGGAUUAAUUGUAAUAUAUUUGGAUUUUUCGGGAAAACCUUGUCGAUUGGUGCGGCCUGGAAAAGGGUUAAAUGAGAGAGUGAGAAGAAAUUGGAGAGGUGGAAUACCACCCGAAGCUAGUCGGGCGAGGCAUAAGUUCAGUGCUUUUGACUGUCGAAAGGGAUCAAAAAUAAAACAAACUUAUGAAACAGAA